UGGAAGAACACAGUGAGGUGCAAGUCCUACUCCCUUUCCAACCUCACCAAACCAAAUCCAGGACGGCGCAGGGAUCUGUGUUUGUGUGUGUGUGCUGAGGCUAGGACUGUCACUCAUUCUCUGAUCAGCUUCUGAAAGCAGCUAGAGAGCAGCUGGCAAAAAACAAUUCUGAAAAAAAAAUUACAUUGCAUCUAAAUCUCUGUCUAAGCCACCCAAGCUCCUAUUGAAGGAAAAAUAUAUUUGCAAGAAACUUCCACCACCACAGCAGAUUACAAUGCUGCAUUCUAAGGAUCUCAUCUGGACUCUGUUUUUCCUUGGAGCUGCAGUGUCUCUACAAGUGGAUAUUGUUCCAAGUCAGGUGGAGAUCAGUGUUGGAGAAUCCAAAUUCUUCUUAUGUCAAGUGACUGGGGAAGCCAAAGCCAAAGACAUUUCCUGGUUCUCCCCCAACGGCGAGAAGCUGACGCCCAACCAGCAGCGCAUCUCGGUGGUGCGGAACGAUGACUUCUCCUCCACCCUCACCAUUUACAGCGCCAACAUCGACGACGCCGGCAUCUACAAGUGUGUUGUCACCAGUGAGGAGGAGGGCGACUCUGAGGCCACCGUCAACGUGAAAAUCUUCCAGAAGCUGAUGUUCAGGAAUGCUCCCACCCCUCAGGAGUUCCAGGAGGGGGAAGAUGCUGUGAUUGUGUGCGAUGUGCUCAGCUCGCUGCCUCCCACCAUUAUGUGGAAGCAUAAGGACAGGGACGUUGUCCUGAAAAAAGAUGUCCGAUUUAUCGUCUUGCCCAACAACUUCCUGCAAAUCCGGGGAAUCAAGAAAACGGAUGAAGGGACGUACCGCUGUGAGGGCAGAAUCCUGGCUCGUGGGGAGGUCAAUUUCAAGGAUAUUCAGGUCAUCGUGAAUGUGCCUCCUUCCGUCCGUGCCAGGCAGAACACCAUCAAUGCCACGGCCAAUCUCAACCAGUCUGUCACCUUAGUGUGCGAUGCUGAUGGCUUUCCUGAGCCAGCCAUGAGCUGGAUGAAGGAUGGGGACUUGAUAGAACGGGGGGACGAUGACGAGAAAUACGAGAAAUACGACUUCAGCUACGAUGGCUCUGAGCUGACCAUCAAGAGGGUAGAGAAGAGCGACGAGGCGGAGUACACCUGCACCGCUGAGAACAAGGCCGGAGAGCAGGAUGCCAUCAUCCACCUCAAAGUCUUCGCAAAACCCAAAAUCACUUAUGUGGAGAACAAAACUGCCAUGGAACUGGAGGACCAGAUCACGCUGACCUGCGAGGCUUCCGGGGACCCAAUCCCCUCCAUCACCUGGAGAACGUCCACCCGGAACAUCAGCAAUGAAGAGAAGGCUUCGUGGACUCGGCCCGAGAAGCAAGAGACCCUGGAUGGGCGCAUAAUGGUGCGCAGCCAUGCCCGAGUGUCCUCCCUGACACUCAAGGACAUUCAGUACACGGACGCUGGAGAAUAUGUGUGCACGGCCAGCAACACCAUCGGGCAAGACUCCCAAGCCAUGUACCUUGAAGUGCAAUAUGCCCCCAAGCUGCAGGGCCCUGUGGCAGUCUACACCUGGGAGGGGAAUAAAGUGAACAUCACGUGCGAGGUGUUUGCUUAUCCCAGUGCUGUCAUCUCCUGGUUCCGGGAUGGACAGCUGCUUCCAAGCUCCAAUUACAGUAACAUCAAGAUCCACAACACUCCAUCAGCCAGUUACCUGGAGGUGACCCCGGAUUCUGAGAAUGACUUUGGGAACUAUAACUGCACCGCAGUGAAUCGCAUCGGCCAGGAAUCCUCCGAAUUCAUCCUUGUGCAAGCAGAUACUCCGUCCUCUCCUUCCAUUGACAGAGUGGAGCCUUACUCCAGCACUGCCCAGGUGGUGUUCGAUGAGCCGGAGGCCUCCGGUGGGGUGCCCAUCCUCAAGUACAAGGCGGAAUGGAGAGCACUGGGCGAGGAGGAUUGGCAUUCCAGGUGGUAUGAUGCCAAAGAAGCAAACAUGGAGGGCAUUAUCACCAUCAUGGGCCUGAAGCCAGAGACAGCCUAUGCCAUCAGACUGUCAGCCAUCAACGGCAAGGGCCUGGGAGAGAUCAGUGCGGUGUCUCAGUUCAAGACCCAGCCAGUUCGGGAACCCAGCGCACCCAAACUGGAGGGCCAGAUUGGAGAAGACGGGAACUCCAUUAAAGUGAACCUUAUCAAGCAGGAUGAUGGAGGCUCCCCGAUCAGACACUAUCUGAUCAAAUACAAAGCUAAGCAGUCCUCAGACUGGAAACCAGAGAUCAGACUCCCCUCUGGCAGCGACCACGUCAUGCUUAAGUCCCUAGAGUGGAAUGCAGAGUAUGAGGUCUACGUAAUAGCUGAGAACCAGCAAGGGAAAUCCAAGCCUGCACACUAUGCUUUCAGGACUUCAGCUCAGCCUACUGUAAUCCCAGCCAGCACCAGCCCCACAUCAGGCCUAGGGACCGCUGCCAUCGUGGGCAUCCUCAUUGUCAUCUUUGUGCUGCUCCUGGUGGCCGUGGACAUCACCUGCUACUUCCUGAACAAGUGCGGCCUGCUGAUGUGCAUCGCAGUCAACCUGUGCGGCAAGUCCGGGCCCGGGGCCAAGGGCAAAGACAUGGAGGAGGGCAAAGCUGCCUUCUCAAAAGACGAGUCAAAAGAGCCCAUCGUGGAGGUGCGGACUGAGGAGGAGCGGACCCCGAACCACGACGGGGGCAAACACACAGAGCCCAACGAGACCACGCCGCUGACAGAGCCUGAGCACCCAGCUGAUACUACAGCUACAGUGGAGGACAUGCUGCCUUCCGUAACCACGGGCACCACUAAUUCUGACACUAUCACCGAAACCUUUGCCACUGCUCAGAACAGCCCGACCAGCGAGACCACCACCCUGACUUCCAGUAUUGCCCUGCCAGCCACAGCUAUCCCUGACUCAAACUCCGUGCCGCCCAGUCAGGCCACUCCGGCCAAAGGGGCAGCCACCUCAGCUUCCUCGCCACUGUCCUCCUCGGCCCCCAAAGUCGCCCCCCUGGUUGACCUCAGCGACACCCCAACAUCUACUCCAGCCACUAGUAAUUUGUCUUCGAGUGUCCUGGCCAACCAAGGGGCAGUGCUCAGUCCCAGCAAUGCCACCAGCAUGGCUGAGGCCUCAAAGGCGCCAGCUGGUAGCAAGACAUCUGCCCCAGCCCCUGCAAACCCCGCUAGCCCUCCAGCUUCUUCAGAGCCCAAGCAGGAGGUGUCAAGCACCAAAAGCCCAGAAAAGGAAGCUGUACAACCCAGCAUGGUGAAGAGUCCAACAGAAACAGCCAAGAACCCAGCUAACCUGAAGAGCGAGGCUGCCUCAGGCAGCACCACAAACCCCUCCCAGAACGAGGACUUUAAAAUGGACGAAGGGACCUUCAAGACCCCAGACAUUGACCUUGCAAAGGAUGUUUUUGCAGCUCUUGGCACUACUGCUCCUGCCAGUGUGGCUAGUGGGCAAGCUCGCGAGCGUGCUGCUCCCACUGUAGACAGCUCUGUACCGCUGGCACCGGCAAAGACCGAGAAAACUCCUGUAGAAGAAAAAUCUGAGGUGCAAGCAACGGAACCGAAGACACCUCCAGCAGAAGUCAAGACGGUCCCCAACGAAGCCACACAAACAAAUGAAAAUGAGAGCAAAGCAUGAUCAGCAGCAGCAAAGAAAAAAAAUGACAGAACAACUUCACCUGAGCAUUUAAAACACAACACACAUCUCAUUCCUCUAGUGUCUUUUGCCUUUGAAAGAAAAACAGACAAAAUGAAAGAAUGCAUACAUGGGGAUCUCUUUUUUCUUUGUAGGUUUGUAGGAAGGUUCUAUUUGUUGUGCACUUGCUUUUAAGGAAAAAUAAAAUCAGUUUUUUUAAAAAAGGUUGAUCUCGCAACCAGAUCAGGGCUCAAUGAGCCCUGCAUAUAUUCAAACAAACAAGGUCACGAACAUCAAUUGCAAAUAUGGUUACGAAGCUCAAAACCAACUAGAUUUAGGGUGGGUGGGAAAUUAACCCUGACUUUUCUUUGGUUAGCCUAACAGAGCAAACAGCUGUACCAUCAGGUACAGCCAGUACUGAAUGUCCACAAUUUAUUUUUAUACUUUUCAGUCGAGUUUGAAAUAUGUAAAGCCUCGUAAAUAAGUUAACGUUUCUGUUCACUUUGUAUUUGUUCAGUAGGCAAAGUAUCUCUCGCCCUUUGUGACUGAAUCCAAUCUCCAGCUUAGACAGUUAUUUGGGGGGUUAUUAUUAUUAUUGUUAUUAUUUUUAGGAAGAAUGCCAAAAUUGCAGCUUUGGGGAUAUAUUUCAAUUUGCAGUAUUCAGACUUCUACAUUUUUUUUUAAAUUUUAUUUUAAAUUUUUUUGCCAACUUUUGUUUUUUCCAGUGUUUACAGUCGACAAAUGUUUUUUUUUACUUUUGUUGUGUUUAAAUGUAAGUGUAAAAUAGCUGCCUUUUUUUAAGUAAAUACAGUCUAUAGAUGUUAGAUUUACUAGCAUGCUUGCUUUGCAAAGGGAGACAUUUUAAAAUAUGGAUGUUUACAAUAGUUGUUUCCCCUUUAUCUUUUUUAAUUAUAAUUAUAAUUAUUAUUAUUAUUAUUAUUAUUUCUUACUGGAGUAAGAAGAUAAGUAACACCAUUCAUUUUACUUUUGGUGAGUGGACAACUUGUCACCAACCAAGGUCUGUGUCUAGCAAUGCAUUUAAGUGCAUUAACGUUAAGUGUGGGCCUAGUAAAUGGAAAUACUGGUAUGCUUAAAGUUAAGCAUGCACUCAAGUCCUUUGCUGGACCAAAGACCAACUGCAUAAGAGAAAUAUGUUCUCUGCUUUUCUUAGACAUUCUCCCCUGUUCCUUCCAGGAAUCCUCCCUCAGCUCUGAGAAGCAAAAGGGAGUUUGUACAGUCAGGGCUGGUCUAGUCUCAGUGAACAGAUGUUUGAAUAAACCAGUUCCCCCUUUUUAGGAAAUAAAUAAAUAAAUAAAAACUAUUUUCUUUUACUCUAGGAUUUAAAAGGAAAGAGCUUGUGCACUUCAGGAAACUAGCAUCUUCUUUUGAGGAGUGGAAACACUAAAAAGUCCUUUCAUUCACUGGGGUGAAAUUCACCAACACAAGGUGUAGGCACCACAUUUAUGGUCUGAUCCUAUAAGGAUUUAACUGCAUGAUUUGAUGCUCACAGAGUAGUCCACUCAUGCUUUACCAGAUCAGGACCUCAAAGACCUUAUCCAAAGCCUCUUGACAUUGAUGGAAAGACUCCCAUUGACUUUGUUGGCCCUUGGAUCAUAGCUGUAGUGCUCAAAAUGAGGCUGAUGUGGUGCAUAGGCUUUGCACGGGGGUGAACUUUGCUCUUACAGCAGCAUCAGUGACAAUUGCUAUUUGGAAUCCUAGAAAAACUGCAAAUUUUGGGUGAGAAAAAGAGCGAAUGAGGGGUGGGUUAGAGGAGGCAGAGAGGGUGGUUGGGGGAAGACCAGCCCUUGUAUAGAAAUGUUCCCCCUUUUUUGGUUUUUAUUUUGUUUUUGUUUUUAAUUUUUUAUUUUGUUUUCCAUUCUACUUUAGAUCUGCAAGCUUGUGCACUGUGGGCGCGUGAGUAUUUUAGUGUGAAACGUGGUUUUUGUCAUAGUAUUGAAAUAAUAAACAUAAAAAUAAAAAAAAAACUUCAACAUAGUUUGGAUGUGGAAGGUGUAGCGGAUAGUUCAGACAAAAAAAAUUAUUCAGGAAAAUAAAUAAAGAGAAUAAGUCUUAUAAGGAACAGAAGCCUUUAAAUGAGAAACAAACAAACCUGACUACAGCAUACAUUCCUUUGUGCUAUGGUACUGAACAAAUGAAAGAAGAUUUUGGGUGGGGAGACUGCAGUUUGUCUCAGCUACAUUGAACCACUCUCUUCAGUGUACUCUUAUAAUGAUGCAGUCUUUAACAGUGGCAUCGCUAGAUUAUAAUUUCAAACUGUGAAAAAUAAUGGUCUUGUCAUUUGCUAAAUGUGGGGGUUUUUUGCAAUUUUUUUCUUAGCUCCUGGGGAUGGAAAUGGAGGCUAUCUGUGUGUGUGUACCUAAGUACACAUGCACACUCAAACUCACACAACGCCCAUCCUUAACAUGCCACUAGGAUGGAUGGAUGUUUGAUUAAACAUCCUGGACCAAAUCUGACCCUUGCUUGUCCCCAUCAGGGCAGCAUGGGUGUAACUAGGGGGAAGAUUUGGCCCAUGGUCCCUAAGAAAACAUUUUUCAAAGAGAUGGAUUGAUCAAAUGUGACAUGAAAGGCCACCGUGGCUUCUAGAGAGGAAGAGUCCACAUAGCCAUGGGGGAAUCAAUGAGUUGGAAGAGAGCGUGUGUACCUCAGUUCAUAAUGAUUACCAAGAGAAUCUGUUCAUCGUUCGUGUGAAGUUGUUAAUGGCUUUGACUUGCUUUGCCAACUAUAUUCUAUACCUCAUAAGUUAUUACCCUUUGAGAGCUGAGCAGCUGUUCUGAGGCAAAUACUGCACAAUCCUAAUGAUUAGAUACAAAUCCAUUGACACUGGUCAAGGUCUGCUUGAUAAGUACUUGGACUUGUGAUAUGGAUACCUAAAUUGGCAUUUGUCUUGAACAGGAAACCAAUUCAGAGCCUGAUCCAAAGCCCAUCCAAGUCAAUAAGGAAGACUCCCGUUGACUUCAGUGGGCUUUGAAUUGAGAUUCAUGAAGUGGACAUCAUUGCUAGAUACCAGCAAAUGCUGUGUUUACUAGACUAGUAGUCAAAUCCAUUCUGCCCCUUUUCAACACUGGCCUGAGAUUUCUCAACCAUCAGUACUUGCCUAUCGACUCUUGAAAGCAUUUUUAUAGUUCUCCAUAACCAGAGUGUCAUUUUAAUUUAGAAAUAUUCCACUGUUCUGAACUAAAAUAGUUUAUUCUUCAUUAUUUUUUUUAAUCUUUGAAGAGGGACCAACCUGGCACCGUUUACAUUGUAUAUAUUUAUAUAUGUGUUGUUGCCAUACAUAUAUAUUUAUAUAGCCACCGAGACUGAUCAGCUUCUGGUGGUGGAGUGAUUGCAUUUCAUGUUGCACCAUACAUACAAUACCAAGACAACAGCACAUCCAAUUGUUCAGCUUUUAGACUGGAGCUUUAUUUUCACACUUUUAUAUGGAGCCUUCGGACCCCAGGUUUUCGCAAGAGGCUGUUUUGAUAGUGGUUCUCAGACCCUCCAUUGACAUCCCUACCCAGCAUUCCCUACUUUUGGGGGCCUUCUAUCUUGUUAUAAAAAAAACAAAAAACUUUUUACCAAGUGAAACAUUGAUACCACCUUUAUUUCCAUUCUCACUGGUGUAAAUACUGAUACUAACGGAGAAUUUUGACUUUGCAUUCUGUCAGAAUACUUGUGUUCAAAUAAAAAUUACAAAA